AUUUUCAUUAUUGUUUUAUAAAAGAAGUAAAUUAGAUUUGAACUGAAUCGUCCUAUAUAAGCCAACGCAACUGCACUUGCAAAAUUCAGAACUAUUGAAUUACGAUACAGUCACCACAAACUUGAUUACUGACAUAAUGAGAGUCCACACACUAACAGCAAUUAUUGCACUUGCUGCCACUGUGAUGGCUCAAGGCCCUACUGCAAGCCCCACACCAACACCGUUAGUAUCUUCUGAAGCGACAAUGCCUGCACCGUCGGCAUCAACUUCAGAGGCACCACCUGCCCCUACACCAACGGCAUCGACUUCGGAGGUAUCAACUGCCCCUACACCAACGGCAUCAACUAUGGAGGUACCGACUGCCCCUACACCAACGGCAUCAACUAUGGAGGUAUCGACUGCCCCUACACCAACGGCAUCGACUUCGGAGGUACCGGCUGACCCUACACCAACGGCAUCGACUUCGGAGGUACCGACUGCCCCUACAGCAACAGCAUCGACUUCGGAGGUACCGACUGCCCCUACACCAACGGCAUCGACUUCGGAGGUACCGACUGCCCCUACACCAACGGCAUCGACUUCGGAGUCACCAACUGCCGCAACACCAACUGCUUCUCCUACCCCAUCAGCGAGUGAGUCAACAGAACCCGUAGUAACAAUCACACCAUCUGCGACGGCCACGCCAUCUGCAUCUCCAAGUACGUCCAUGGAUGCUGCUGUAACACAAUCUGCGACUGCCACACCAUCUGCCUCACCUAGCACGUCUAUGAAUGCUGCUGUCACAUCCACCCCAACUGUCCCCGAUAGUGACUUUAUCACGUGUGCGAUUAAGGAUGUCGAAAGUCCCCUAGGCUGUGAUGAGGUUCAGGAUGACAAGUCGUGCUGUCGAUACAGUUGGAGCUGUGGAAAUCUAAACAAGUGCACCCCCUCAUUCUGUUGCAAAGAGACCAUCCCCACACCAACUCCUCAUCCUUCACCAUCCAGCACCCCCAGUUACGAGCCAGUCGAUAAUUACAUCAACUGUGCUGUGAAGAAGUCAGAGGGUGGCUUUAAAUGCAGCGGAGAUGAGGUGGUAGACAAAAAGAAGGAGUGCUGUCGAUGGUCCGAUGAAUGUGGCAACUUGAAGAAGUGUACCGAGGAUUACUGUUGCACUGACGAUACUUAUUACCCUAAGCCAUCACCUUCUGCCAAACCUCAAGACUACAGUAUCAAGUGCAAGGAGAAGCACGGUAUCUAUUGCUCUGUAGGCUCUGAGUUAGAUGAUGACAAGAAGUGCUGUGAGUAUCCCGGCGCAUGCGGAGAUCUUAAAAGUUGUAAAUCAGACUACUGCUGUACCGAAUCUGGCCCACUACCACCACCAGAUACCGUGGGAGCCUGUGAUUGUGAUGGAGCAGUAAUCGACAAGGUUUGUUACUCGUCGCUAGAGGCGGCUAUCGAAGCUGCAUCGAAUGGUGACAUCGUCUACGUUGGUGGUGAUAUCGAGGUAGACGCGCCUAUUCAAUUUACACAAAGUCUGUCCUUCAGCGGUGUGCUUUGUGAUGACGAGCGGGCUCAGAUUAUCGCUACUUUCGAUGAAGUCGAUGGAGCUAUUUUCGAGGCUGUGAAUGAGGAUGAACAAGAAGUGAACUUCCUGCACCUGGCUAUCACCAGCGAGGAUGACAACUCGGCUGCUGCGUUUCACUCUCUUGGCAGUGUCACUGACGCCCCUAACCAAGGAGUGACCAUGAACUUGACGAAUGUUUGGAUUCAUGACAUGUACAGUCAAAGACCUGGUGUAGGUAUUUUUAUCGGAACAUCCAAGGGAUUGACUGUUGACGAUAACUGUUAUUUCUACAGCUUAACCAUGAGCACAACCGAGAUGGAUAUGUAUGCAGGUGGAGCUGCUAUUGCUGUUGUCUAUCUACCCGAGGGCAGUGAGAUCCGCAUCGCCGGUUCUUUUAAGGACAACAGUGCGUUCUACCCCGAGGCAUCAUUGCACAGCGGAGGUGGUGCCAUUUACAUGGACUACAUGGAGGGAGAUGUUACGUUCACAGCUGCCUUCGAGAACAACUCAGCCAAUCAGGGUGGAGCCGUCAAUGUGCAGGGAGUGCUUGGUAAUAUGAUUGUGGAUGGUUACUACUCUGAGAAUCACGCUAUCGAUGAUGGAUACGGUUCACGAGCUGGUGCAUUUCGAGUGCUCGAGAUCGAGUCCUCAGGAAGUGUUAUCUUCAACGGCUCUUUUGUUGGCAACACUGCUCAAGGACGUGGAGGUGCCAUUGCCACUAACAUACACAGGUCAGGUAGCAAGAUGUACUUGGAUGGCAUCUUCCAGAACAACGUAGCAUCGACUGUCGGUGGAGUGUGGAGUAUGUGGUCUAGCACCCAAUUGAAUGGUAUGGUCCAACUCGACGGCGACAGCAUCUUCGAAGGUAAUUUGGCUGUGUAUGAUGAUUCCGCUUCAGGAAUCUACGAUAUCUCUCAAGGGGGUGAGACAGAUAAGCUGGCUGAAGACGAGUGGUUCGGUCGCACAAUCACCAUCAACUAG